UGUUUACAACCAUGGCCGCCGUAUUUGAAAGAAAAGAAUUUCUCUUUCUAAAAUGAUUUGCUACUGACAAAAUAAUCGACGUUUAUUGAUUUCAGAAAACAAUGGUUGAAAAAGACAAAUUCCUUGUUGUAAUAUCUGUCCUAGAGGGAAGAAGAUUCCCUAAGCGACCAAAACACAAGAUAAUCACCGAGGCCCGUUUUGAUGGGGAGCUUUUGUCCACUGACUCGGUAGAUCACACAGAAACUCCAAACUUCACCCAGGAACUGGCCUGGGAGCUCGACAAAAAAGGUCUACAGCAACACAGACUGCAGAGGACGUCCAUUAAAAUUCAGUGUUAUGCAUGUGAUAGUUCAUCCACCUUUAAGGAGGCCAUAGGAUAUGUUGUGCUGGAUCUAAGAUCAGUUACAACAAAACAGACUCCAAAAUGGUAUCCACUUCUACACUCGAAAUACAGCAAAAAUAAAACAGAAAUUCGGUUAGCUAUUUACUUAGAAAACGAUAAAAAUGGUGAACAGGAAACAAGCUUUAAAGCCAAGGAUGCACCCGCUAGAUUAAUAGAACGUGACCCAAGAGCAACUUAUAGCAUGGAGACUCAGACCCCCACAAUACUUGAGGACACACAGAACUUGGGGGCGGACCCUCGUCACUUACAACCCUUACUUAACGAAGCUGAGGGCUAUUAUCAGAUUGGUUCCAAACUUAAAUGUAAAGAACAGUUUGUCCUAUCUGUCACUAUCGCACAGGCUGCAAACUUAACUCAGCUGAUUCCAAGUUCCCAGCCCCUCCCUGUGACAGCCAAUGGUUACUUCUUUUACUUCUCCCUCCUGGGAAACGAUGUGACUAACGAGACUUUCCACGAUUUAAUUAAUCCUAACUUUCCUGCAGAACGAGCUUCUGUUAAAAUCCGGAGUAACGUAGAUACACUGAGGGCCUUCUUUUCCUGCCAGCCUGGUAUCCAGGUACAUUUGUGUUGUGGAGAGCAAUCCUUAGGGAGCUGUGAGAUUCCUCUCAAAGAUCUUCUAGUCAAAAACAGUACAGAAAUCUAUAUGAAGCCAGUCUCCAUUGAGGGUUCCUUCCAGCUGGUUCCCCCAAACAAAACCAAGCAACAGAUCACCCCCGCCCCCGGGGAUCUGGCCCCCACCGUGGGGGUCUCUAUUGUACUGAGGAAAGAGGAAAUGGUGAUAUCCUCUACUGGCAAGAAUGACGCUCAGGAAACUAAAGUGUUAGGCUCCCCUGUCAAGGAGCGUGAUGUGUCCCCGCCCAGGGGAUCAGCAUCCCCAGCAGCCAAAACCAAGAAAGACCGAUCACCAGCCAAACCGAGGGACCGACCCCAGGAACCAGCCAAGCCAGAACCAGUCAAGGAGGCAGAUGAUUACGAGGAUGAUUUCGAGGAUGGAAAUAACACGCAGGAGUUUGUCAGCAGCUUUGAGGAGGAAAAAGGUGCUAAAAAAUCUACAGAGAAACCAGCAGGUGCUCCCCAAAGUCCCCGCAGUCCAGUCAGGUCACAUCCGGUGGACAGUCAGACCACCACCUCCACACACCUGGCCAUCCCGCCCCAGGCCCACCACUUCACCUUCUCCAUCGACCUCCGCAGCAUCAAGGACGUCCACAAUACCUCUACACUCAAUGUAUUUAUCAGAUACUCCUACCCCUUUUUCGGAAGUGCUGCUCCAAUUUUGACAAACCCUCCUGUCGAGAUCAGGAAGGGUACGGAGGUUAUUCUCCCGCAGUCCUUCUGUGCGUUUGAUUUCGCUUGUACCACACAGCAGCUACAGGAGACAUUCCUCAGGGUCCCCCUGAUGAUAGAGGUGUGGCACCGAGACAAGCAGCUCUCCCAGGACGUAUUGGUUGGUUCAGGGCGACUUCCCCUUGAUCAAAUCAUCACCACCGAUAAAUUCAGAGUCUCCAGUAACACAGGUACCCCUGGGUGGAGGCAGACAUUUCACGACAGACUGGCGAUUACAGCUAAUGACAGUGGUCAUCAGAAGGUGGGUGAGGUUUGUUUUGUUUUGUGUCUGGAGGACUGGGGACCAAUCACAGCACAGCAAAUUGUCGUCCAACAGGAGGGGCCACCACAGCCUGUGUUAAGUUCCCCAGUUCGAUCUCCUAAGGUGACAGAGAGACCAGUAAGUCCCGAGGAGCCCCGCAAGACUGCGGAGUAUCAGGCAGCUGUGGAACUGGAAAUGUGGAAGGAAUCGCAGGAACAGAUGUUUGAAAACCAGCUGAAGCAGAAAGAAAUCAUGUACAUGAAGGCCUUAGCAGAGGAAUGGAAGAAGAGGGACAGAGAGCGGGAAAUAAUUAUGAAAAAGAAAAUGGCAGAAUACACCCAGUCUGAGGAGAAAUUAAGGAAAACUUUGUUAGAUUUACAGAAGAGAGAAAAACAGUUAGCAGCCAAUGAACAAGAGGUGAUGAGACAGCGUGGUGAGUUACAGAGAGAGCAUGACAGAAAACUGCAGGAAAUGAAAGAGGCCUCCCACAGGAUGAAGGAGGAUUGUCAACACCAGGUGGAGCUGGAGAGAAUGAAGGUCCGAGAGAUUGAGGGUAUUGUGGAGCGAUAUAAAAAUGAGCUGAGUGAGAUGGAGAAGAAGUACCGCGGUCUGGAGAAAGAGUUUGUAAUUUAUAAAGAACAACAGAACAGUAAACCGGAGGUCCGACUUCAGUCCGAAAUCAACCUACUGACACUAGAAAAGGUGGAAUUGGAGAGGAAGAUAGAUGCUCUGUCAAAGUCCAAGCUUCACUAUAAGCAGCAGUGGGGGCGUGCCCUGAAAGAGCUCGCGAGAUUAAAACAGAAAGAGCAGGCCUCGGCCAAGGCGGAGCUCAAACGGCAGCAGCAGGAGCUGGAGCACAUGAGACUGAGAUAUCUCGCGGCCGAGGAGAAGGAGGUGGUCAACUCCGAGAAGAAAGAACUGGAGGAACUCAAGAACGAAUUGUCUAAGUUGAAGAAGCUUGAGGAAGAGAAGGGUAAAUUUGUGUCCGAGGACAGCCCGAGGGACGGGAUGCACCCCCUGAAGGCGGAUCUGGACUACAGUCUGGAUGACCACAUCACGCGUCUGAUCGAGGAGAGGGACACGCUACUCAGGACAGGGGUGUACUCCACACAGGACAAAAUCAUCGCCGAGCUAGACCGACAGAUCCGCGAAUCCAUAGCGGAGAAAAAGACCAACGCCUUAUAGCAAUCCGCAGGUGUCUACUCUAUUGAGGGAUGUAUUCUGUCCAGGCAAUGAUUUCAAGUUUUUAACUCAUAUAGCAUUGUAAAUGUUUUACAGGAAUUGUAGUAAGGGGGUGAUAAUAGAUUUUGAAGCCUGUGUCUUACAUGUAUCUAUGUGUCCCAGUAAAGUAUGUAUUUAAAGCGCUGCUUUCAUUGUUAGCUUUUUAGUUCAUUGCAUUCAUGUACAACAUAUGGAAAUGUGAACAUGCCUGUUAGUAAGUUUUUUUCAUGAAUGGAAAUAAGGAUAUGUUGGUCUCAUCUUUUUUAGAUUGAAUUUCUAGGAGAUACAAAUCAAUUUUAUUCUUCAUUUCCUCCAAACCUUUUCAUCAACAUUCAUUGACAUGUAUUUAUAUAUCUACAGGUAGGUCAUCAUUAUUUUCAUUAUUUGAAAGUUAAUACAAAUGUGAUUAAAUGAACUGUUUGGGUGUAUAAUUAGAUGUUUGCUUGCCGGACACAGAAACUUCAAGAUAGUCUUAGAUUUAAUUGUGUGUUAAUUAUUAUCAUUUUAUGUAAAUGUAGCUUUUCUCAUUCUUAUUGGUGUAUUUAUUGUUGUAAAAACAUUUAAUACAGGAUUUUCUGAGAAAAGUGCUACACUCUUUUGUUAUAAAUUUCAACGAAUUCCCAGUAAAAAGAUGUUUACAAAAUUAGCUGUAAAAGCAUACUACUCUUUUUUCAAAAGUCAGAGAGUGAUGUUUUUUAAAGAGUCAGAAAAUUUUAUAUUGUAAUAGGGAAUACCUUCCUCUUCCUUCUGGUGUGUAGAUAAGCUAGAGUAGACACGUUGUGAGAUGUUAAAUUAUUCGGUGCGGAUACGCUUUUUAGUUGAAAUUAGAUGCUUAUAUAAUAAAUUCAGAUGUAGGUGGCUUAAACUCAUAUGAUGGAAGUGGUAGCAGGUUGAAAGGAAAGAAUUCAAAUUUCUUCUAACUUUAUUAUUUAUUGUAUAAUACAAAGAACAAAGAGUUGCUGUAUGUUUAUUUAAGCAAUAUUGUGAUAUGUAAAUAACUCUAUAUGCUUAAUACAUCGUAUAUUGCCAAUUGUACAUGUACCUAACCUUUUAACUGAAACUUUGACCCAUUAAAUAAUGAAUAU